AUGUUCCUUUUGUAUAUCAAGCGGCGGAGGAAUGCGGGAGGCUCAGUUGAAACUAUAUGUCUUGUUGGCAAUGGCGGGUCGAAAUUGGAAGAUGUAUCGUCGACUGUUAGUGAGCUCGAGGAAUUUUUGGGAGUCGCAGUCAUAUGGGAGGGCCCUAUUUCAGACGAAGAAGACGAUGAAGAAGAAACUGAUGAGGACGACGACGACAAUCAGGAGAAUAGACAAGCUUUAAUUGUAUGCGAGCUCUGA